AUGAAAUGCUUUCAUUUCACUAACAGCGAGAGAAGGCCAGACGAGGAAGAAGAACAAGAAGGCGCCGUUUCACGUGCGCCGUCGAAGGUUUCCUGGGUCCGGUCCCUCAGUAUUGCGUCGAGUAACGUCGAUACGCGCCGGUCAGCGUUUGAUUCGGAGUCCAGGAGGGACUGGGCUGAUUCGUUUGGGUUCCACGAGUUCUUGACGCAGCGCCGGGCCAAUGAUUUGCGGGUUUUUACGUUUUCCGAGCUGAAAUCGGCUACAAGAGGGUUUACCCGGAACCUCAUGAUCGGCGAAGGCGGGUUCGGGUGCGUGUAUCGGGGCGUUGUUAAGGUUUCGGACUACAUUUCAGGUUCUGAAUCCGAGAUGGUAGUUGCUAUCAAGCAGUUGAAUCGCAAUGGAUUCCAGGGGCACAAAGAGUGGAUUAAUGAAGUGAAUUUUUUGGGUGUGGUUAAGCACCCAAAUCUUGUUAAGUUAGUAGGAUAUUGCGCAGAAGAUGACGAAAGGGGAAUCCAACGGCUUUUGGUGUACGAGCUAAUGUGUAAUAAAAGCUUGGAGGACCAUUUAUUGACCCGAUCAGCAUCUCCUCUACCAUGGCUGUUGAGACUAAAGAUUGCCCAAGAUGCAGCUCGGGGUUUAGCGUACCUUCAUGAAGAAAUGGAAUUUCAGCUAAUAUUUAGAGACUUCAAAACUUCAAACAUCCUUUUGGAUGAAGACUUCAAUGCAAAACUUUCAGAUUUCGGAUUGGCUAGGCAGGGUCCAACUGCUGGACUAGGUCAUGUUUCAACAUCAGUUGUUGGCACAGUGGGUUAUGCAGCUCCUGAAUAUGUCCACACUGGUAGGCUCACUGCCAAAAGCGAUGUAUGGAGCUUUGGGGUAGUUCUCUAUGAACUCAUUACGGGCAGACGAGUGCUCGAGAGAAAUUUGCCACGAGGCGAGCAGAAACUCUUGGAAUGGGUAAGGCCAUAUGUUUCGGAUCCAAAAAAAUUUCACAUGAUUUUAGACCCGAGACUUGAAGAACAGAUUGACAUGAAAUCAGCUCUAAAACUUGCAUCCCUAGCAAACAAAUGCCUAAUGAAGCAUCCUAAAUCACGACCAAAAAUGAGCGAGAUAGUUGAGAUGCUUGGAAGCAUCAUUGAUGCUGCAUCACCUCAAGAUGAAUUUGUACCCGGAGGUGACAAAGAAACUGGAAGCAUGAAGGAAGAAGCCGAGGAAUCAGAACCAGGCAAACAGGAGAACAGCCGGAAAAAGAGUUUUGAUCUUAGAGAUUUAGUCAUGAGAAACAGAUCAAUUGGAAAGUUAGAUUGGAGAAACUGGACACCGGGUUUGGUAAGAACGUGA